UCCAGGGUGAUCCUGUUGCCCGUGUGGUCUCGGAAUUGCCUUCGCCGCCUGGCUUCCUGCCUGGAUGUUACAAGAAGAUGUUACAAACACAUCGCAAAGACUGACAGGAAAACAAAAGACAUACUCUGCCAUGACGUUGUUGGGGUCCAAGUCCCGCCCCGUGCCCUGAUUGACAGCUUUCAUGGAGAAGGAUAGCUUGAUCUUGUCUCCUUGAAUCUACAAGCAAUAAUCUUGGCGUGACAUCACUGAUGACAUAAAGCCUUGUUUCUUUGCGUGUGUGUGAGUCGUUACCUCUCUACCGAUGACUUUAAUCCACACCUUUUCUCCCACGUCCACAAUCUCCGAGGCGCUCUCCACACGCGUGGCCGACAUUUCACUGACAUGCACCAAACCUGCACGCAAACAACACAAACUAACAUUUCCUGCACCUCUGCACCACUAAUUUCUUACCUUUUUACGGAAAAUAAAAUAGUGUAUUUAAUGCUGCAUGCAUCUUACCUUCCUUCUUAUAUCCUGGCAGGCGGACAAAAGCUCCAUAAGUCUGCACUGACACCACUUCUCCCUUGGAAAUGCUGUAAAGUGGCGGCAGACCGUCCAGUCCAGACGGCUCCGGUGCUGGCCCAUCGUUGCCGGACAUUUUAUCUUCAAUCUGAAGGUCCAGAAAGUGUAAAUAACGUCAAUGAAGUAUUUAUAUUAACGGCAAGGCUAACGUAAACACAAAUGAAGCCGUCUCCGGACUGGCUAAUUUGAUCGUAACCCAGUACAAUACCAGCAAAAAAUGAUAGUACGUGCAUUAAUUGCGGUUUAAAUGUUGCAAAGUAUGCACAUAUAUUUCAGACAAUGAUCGCAUCAUUCAAAGACAAGAAACCACACUUACGUUGUCCGCUAGCAACCGCUAGCCUCGCUUUCAUUUCCGGUGCAAAGCAGUCUCGCGACAAAAAAAACAAACAAAACGACAGGCCUUGUAACCAAUCAUCGAACGCGCUUGAAAUCUUCGGCCAAUCAGACACAAUACAAAUGGUUUCAAUUCCGCUUCCGGAUCAGACUUUGCAACAACAAGCCAAGCAACCAAUCACCAUAGCCGAGAUCAUUCCUCACCAAUCAGAACGCACAGGAAACGGAAGUAGUCCCUUUAUUCUUCACCGAUACCUUACCGCUCGAUGCUGCUCACUGUGAGGCGGCCUAACAUUCUUUUUUUGAAUUAAAACGUCACCAUUGUGCCAUUUUUGGGAGCUUUGUCGAAUAAUCAGACAUGAUUGAACCCAAGAAGAGAGUGGCGGACAUGGCGGUGGUGCCACUCGAAGUGAAGCGACCCCGGACGGAGCUGGUGGCGGCGGCCCAGUCUCAGCAGCUCAUGGCCGCGGGUCCCCCCAGGACGUCCAGCCUUCAGGCCCCCAUCAUGCUGAUGUCCGGCCAUGAGGGUGAGGUCUACUGCUGCAAGUUUCACCCCAACGGAUCCACGCUGGCCUCCUCAGGAUUUGACAGGCUCAUAUUGAUGUGGAACGUGUAUGGUGAGUGUGAGAACUUUGCUACGCUGAAGGGCCACAGUGGAGCAGUGAUGGAGCUGCACUACAACACGGAUGGAAGCUUGCUGUUCUCGGCAAGCACAGACAAGACAGUCGGAGUGUGGGACAGCGAGACGGGCGAGCGGGUCAAACGCCUGAAGGGCCACACCUCCUUCGUCAAUACCUGCUACCCGGCCCGCCGAGGACCCCAGCUGGUGUGCACGGGCAGCGACGACGGGACGGUCAAGUUGUGGGACGUGCGCAAGAAGGGAGCCAUUCACACCUUCCAGAACACGUACCAGGUGCUGGCCGUCACCUUCAACGACACGAGCGAUCAGAUUCUGUCCGGAGGCAUCGACAAUGACAUCAAGGUAUGGGACCUGAGGCAGAACAAGCUGAUCUACAACAUGCACGGACACGGCGACUCCGUGACCGGGCUCAGUCUCAGCUCGGAGGGAUCGUACCUGCUCUCCAACUCCAUGGACAACACUGUGCGUAUUUGGGACGUCCGACCGUUCGCACCCAAGGAAAGAUGCGUGAAGAUUUUCCAAGGCAACGUACACAAUUUUGAAAAGAACCUGAUGAGAUGCUCCUGGUCCACUGAUGGGAGCAAAAUAGCAGCAGGCUCAGCAGACAGGUUUGUCUACAUUUGGGACACGACAUCACGCAGGAUCCUGUACAAGCUGCCAGGCCACGCCGGCUCUGUGAACGAGGUCGUCUUUCAUCCGGAGGAACCCGUCGUUCUGUCGGGCGGCAGUGAUAAACGACUCUACAUGGGGGAAAUCCAGUAGGCAGUGUGUGUCUGUGUGUGAGAGAGAAUGUGUAGUUAGUGGGCGGAGUUUAAGAGUAUGUUUGCAAUCACGUGCAUCAGAACCUCAGGAUGUUAGUCCAAUUGUUUUUUUUUUUAAUAAAAUGUUGUAUUCUUUGAGAAAACAACUGCACAUGAAAUGUUUUUGUCAAUGUGAUACUUACCUAAAUUGUUCUUUUCAUGUCCCGAUCUCACUUUAAAAAGGCGACAUGAGGUCAUUAUACAUUCAAUAACAGUACUACUAAUAGUUGUAGUUGUAGUAACGGUGCCAUAUUAUUCCAAUACAUAUCCAUAAAUUACCAUAUAUUAUCAUACAUUGCAUCUUUGUUCCAUGAACAAUAUAACACACGCUAUUAUAACAUAUUAAAAUCUAGGGUUUUGUUAGAUUUUAUCUAAUGUAAAGUAGGUUAUAAAGCCUGUUAUGCAUACUCCGAUACAGCAGGUGGCGUUGUGCUCCUUGGCUGCAGUAAUGGCUGCAAGCCGCCAUGAAAGCAACAGAAGAAUAAAAGCAACAAGUUGACAGGUGUCAUGGCUGUGAACUUUCAGCCCAUUCGAGAAAGACUGCUAGACAACACAAGAAGUAAAACCACCAGAGUAUUGGAGUUACGUUUGAACGCUGGUGACAUCUUCAAGAACGAGGAUUUAAAAACGACGCGAUGGUGGCCAUCUUCCUGUGGAACCUGUGAGUAACAUUUCCAAGCACUGCUUUUGCACCAUAACUAUAUGGUAAAUUACCUACAUCAUAACUAAACAAGUUGUAUGCUUUGUUAUUAUGAAAGCUAACGUUUGUAGCUAAACUUUGGUACAAUAGGAUACUGUGAUGUCAAUAUUUCGAGUUGGCACAUGUUGCACUGGGGACGUUUUAGGUGUGACACAAUACGGAAAUGGAGCUGGGCUAGUGCAUUGUAUUGGUUGUACCACCGGCAGAAGUUGGUAAUAAAGUUCAAAUGAGCAAGUAUGAAGCUAUAAGUGUCCACUUAAGGUACUUACUUACUUAAGGUACAUUUGUCUAAUUUACAACUCCUGUGAUGAUAAACAAGAUAAAAAAUAAAUGGCAAACUUGCUAAAUAUUUUUAUUUAACACAACUGUAUUUCAAGAAAAAACUCAUACAGGUGCUAAAAUGUAUUCAUGUGAACUUUACACGAUUUCUGUUGCUUUUUUUCAUCUUAAAGGGGACUCUUUGCUCAUUUUUUUACCCUUUGUAUUGAGUUGUGGUCUCAUAGAGCAGCUACACACAAUAACCUGCACAGAAAACUUUCUAGAUCGUUCAGAAUCUGCACCUAUUCCAGCUGGAUUUCCUUGGAUUUGUGCAUUCAGCCAAACGUUUUAGCAGUUUUAAUUUCUUCCACGCACGGCCCGCCUCCGUUUUUCAUAAAUUGUUAUAUUUAUAUGUCUCAAUAUAGUGCUUGUUUGCAUCGUUUUGCAUUUUGAACCAUCCCAAACUUCUUUUAUGGUUCACUUCCAAAUGCACAAACCUCAUGAUGUGAAAUUUUGGCACCGGAAUCCAACAUUCUAACUACUUUUAUCGGUCAGAAAAGUGGAAUAAGCAUCUGAAGGAAGAGAUUGUUAUUUGUGUUGUCCUGAGCUGACCCACAUGGCUAUGCAAUGCAUGUUUUGUACUUGUUUUUUACACUCAUAUACUUGUUUUUGCCCGCUUCUAUAUAACUUGCUUCGCACACUUUUUGACUUUUCACACUUAUAUAACCUGUUUUUAACUUGUUCCGGCAACGGGAUAAAUAUUAUUCCCCUAUCCUGAUAACGAACUAGAAUGUUGUGAGAAACGAACUAGAAUGUUGUGAGACAUUGAGGUGCCUGAGGCAGAGGACGGAGGUGACGACUCCUCUCCUGCGGAGACAGGCUGGCCACCUGUUUUCGCACGGGCGAGUCUAUAAAGCAUUUGUUUUCUCAAUCCCGGUUAGAGUCUGCUGUGAACUGUGCACGAGUGUCCAGCUUUCGGUUUCCAGAUUACUCUACCGGGGUGUUUUUGGCUCUCCGCCCUCUGUCAACGGUAAGGUAUGCUAUUCUGGAUCUGAACUGUGUUGAUUGGAGUGUUAUGUGGGGGCAUGGGGGUGACAGCUUGUGUCUAGCAUAAUAACUCAUGAUGGGAAAUGUUGUGAACUGCUGUGUGUUUUAUCAUUAAAUAUCAUUAAUAUACAUACAGUCGUUGUUUGUGUU